AUGGUCCCACCGGGCUGCACACUUGGAGACCUUCCAGUGGAACUAGUGCUCCGAUUCCUGGCGCCUGUUAUCCCUGAUGGUCACAUAUUCCAUCUUGGACCUCACCAGCACGAAGUAAAAGGGGUACAACCAAGAUAUGUUCACCAGAUCGUCGCCCUACCAAACGAUGACCCUACAGUAUGUCUCUCCGAACUCGCACUAUGUGGUCGCAAAGUCAAAGAAGUGGUCUAUGCACUGUUCUACGGCAGGAAUCAAUUCGUCCUCGAACUUGCUGCGGUUUCGCACGGAGCCCACGUGGCCGUGUCUAAGACUUUCCACGCUACGUCGUGGAAUCGAAUUGUCCAUUCAAGACCUGAUACACUACCUUUGAGUCACGACAUACUUCUCUAUGUCAAAGACCUCACCAUCUCCAUCGGCCUCACCUAUGGGGGUGGCACUAUUCGCGAGAGAGGAGCGAUCAAAGCUCAACUGCAAGAGCUGGCGGACGCUUUCGUGGAUCAAGACCAUGCGCUCAAAAAGAUUACUGUUGGUCUGACGACGCUGAAGCAAGUCGACAAGCGCUGGACCAGCAAUAAUCUGAAGCUAAAAUAUGGCUUGCCGAACGUUGCCAUGAGAUUAGCCUUGGCGCGAUUUUCGAAUCGACAAGCCGCGAUGUUGAGGGAAGCAAUCGCAAGUAUGCUCAUGCCUCUUACGCAGCUGAGCGAUGUGGAGGUUGAGGUUGUUGUUAAUGGAAAAGGUAGCUGA